CUACCCUCCUCAUUCUCACUCCUGACUCCUCUGUAGGUGCACCUCGUCUCCUGCUCCGUGUGUGUGCACGCGCGUGUGUAUGUGUGUGCGUGUUUGUGUUCAUAGUGUGUGUUCUCUGCUCCGGGACUGUGGCUCUGCUGUGGGACCGAAUGGACUGAGUGCGCACUGACCCGCACUGCCGAGCCAAACAAGAAAAAAAAGAAGAAGAAAAAGCGCUCAGACUGACUGGGCGGACUUGCUGUUGUUCUUGCACCCUGUUCUCUGGCUCCUGGGCUUGCUCAAGCACUCUGUCCUUUUGUCCUUUAUCUGCGGUCAGAUCAUGGAGCUCCUGCCGGGGAUUUAUGCGCUCACCCUUGCGCUGCUGCUUGGUUACACUCAGUGCGCCCGCGAACAAAUCCCGACAGAAAAACUUCUCGUCCUCACUGUCGCCACACAAGAGACCGAUGGCUUUCUGCGCUUCAUGCAGUCUGCAAAUUACUUCAAAUAUUCCGUAAAGGUGUUAGGGAUGGGUGAGGAAUGGAAGGGAGGAGACGUGGGACACUCCAUUGGUGGAGGACAGAAGGUCCGACUGCUCAAGAAAGCAAUGGAAGCUUUAGCUGACCAAGAAGACCUGGUGAUCCUCUUUGUGGACAGCUAUGACCUCAUCUUCGCUGGAGGGCCAGAAGAAAUCUUGAGAAAGUUCGAGCAGUUCAAUCAUAAGGUGGUGUUUGCUGCAGAGGGUGUUAUCUGGCCAGAUGCACACUUGGCAGAGAAGUAUCCGUACGUCCGCAGUGGAAAACGCUUCCUCAACUCUGGAGGCUUUAUCGGCUUCGCCCCAUACAUCAAUAAGAUUGUCAAGCAGUGGCAGUUGCACGACAACGACGACGACCAGCUCUUUUACACGAAGAUCUAUGUGGAUCCACUAAAGAGGGAAAGUCUUAAUAUGACUCUGGACCACAAGUGCCAGAUAUUUCAGAAUCUAAAUGGAGCAGUGGAUGAAGUUUUGAUGAAGUUCGGAACCGAGAGAGUUCGGAUCAGAAACACCGUCCAUGACAGUCUUCCUGUGGUCAUCCAUGGAAACAUAAACACUAAAAUUUAUUUGAACUACUUGACUAAUUAUGUCCCAAAUGCCUGGACCUACGAGCGAGGCUGUACCAUCUGUGACCAAGACAUGUUGGAUUUGUCUCAACUAACAGAAUAUCCAAGAGUAAAGAUUGGAGUUUUUAUCGAGCAGCCCUCUCCGUUUCUUCCCGAGUUCCUGCAGCGGCUCCUGACCCUGGAUUACCCUAAAGAUAAACUGGAUCUCUUUAUCCAUAACAGUGAGGUUUACCAUGAGAAGCACUUACAGGCAUUCUGGGAGGAGAGCAAAAAUGUAUUCCAUAGUUUUAAGGUUGUUGGUCCCGAGGAGGUCUUGAGCCAAGCAGAAGCGAGGAACCUGGGAAUGGACUUGUGUCGAAGAGAUCCCGAGUGUGAUUACUAUUUCAGCAUCGACACCGACGUCAUGCUCACAAACCCACAGACUCUGAAGCUACUCAUGGAACAAAACAGAAAAAUAAUUGGCCCUCUUGUCACUCGUCACGGCAAGCUGUGGUCCAACUUCUGGGGAGCUCUGAGCUUGGAUGGCUAUUACGCUCGUUCUGAGGACUACAUCGACAUCGUGCAGGGGAAGCGAGUCGGCGUGUGGAACAUUCCGUACAUGGCCCAUGUUUACCUCAUCAAAGGCGAGGCUUUAAGGAACGAGCUGAAGGAAAGGAACGUUUUCGUCCUGGAGAAGCUCGAUCCCGACAUGGCUUUGUGUAGAAACUCCAGGGAGUUGACAAUACACAGAGAAAAAGAAUCUCCUUCUCCGGAAUCAUUCCAUAUGCUCAGAUCCCCAAAGGGAGUUUUCAUGUACAUUACAAACCGCCAUGAGUUUGGAAGGCUCAUUUCUACAGCCAACUACAACACAUCCCACUUGAACAAUGAUUUAUGGCAAAUAUUUGAGAAUCCGCUGGACUGGAGAGAGAAGUAUGUCCAUCCCAACUACACCCAGAUCUUCACACAGAACCAUCUGGAACAGCCAUGUCCAGAUGUCUUUUGGUUCCCUGUGCUGUCUGAGCAAGCUUGUGAUGAGCUGGUUGAAGAGAUGGAGAACUUCGGCACUUGGUCUGGUGGAAAACAUGAGGACAAGCGUAUAGCUGGAGGAUACGAGAGCGUCCCCACUGACGACAUCCACAUGAGACAGAUCAGCUAUGAAAAGGAAUGGCUGCACUUUAUCCAAGAGUUCAUCUCACCCGUCACACUCAAGGUCUUCUCAGGAUAUUACACCAAGGGUUACGCUAUCAUGAACUUUGUGGUGAAAUACACUCCCGCUAGACAGGCCUAUCUGAGGCCUCACCAUGACUCCUCCACCUUCACCAUCAACAUUGCGCUCAACCAUAAAGGCAGAGAUUUCCAGGGUGGAGGCUGCAGGUUCCACAGGUAUAACUGUUCGAUAGAGUCUCCAAGGAAAGGUUGGAGUUUCAUGCACCCAGGCAGACUAACACAUCUUCAUGAAGGACUUCCUACCACCAACGGCACGCGCUACAUCGCAGUGUCCUUCAUCGACCCUUAACUUCCUCCUCUGAGGGGCGGGUUUUUAGAUUCUGUUUGUGUUUUGCUGACUUUUUGUUCUUACUGUAGAAAGGCAUGUGGGUGGUGUGUCUUACAAAAUGGAUUCAUACAGUCACCAAAGAUGCACACAGAUCACACACACUCACAGUAAAAUAGUAAAAUAUUUUUAUUUUUUUUAAACAACUUUAUUAUCAAAUGGUCAGUUAAAACUUUUUUUUUUUUUCGUAGAAUUCUUUUCAUUUGAUUCUUCAGGAGAGAAAACACCUGCUGAUGUAGUUAAUGAGGUGCUGUUUUUAUUAUUUUUUUUUUUUAUUGAUGGCCUACUCAGAGACAUAUAUUUUUUAUUUUCAAAUCAAGAAAGAAAAACAAGCAGAGAAAUGAUUAGAAUUUGGGUUGAACUGAAGUUUGAAUAAUUAAGUAGAUUUUUACUUGAAGCGUGAGGUUUCCUGGAUGCAGCAUGAGUUUAGUUUGAAUUAAAUUAUAUUCUUGGUUGAUGUACACCAUUGAAAAUGGUUGGUUUUGGACUAGGACUAAGCUUAGUACUGUAUGUACCCAGAAACUGGCCUACAGCAUGGUACUGUAAAACCCUGAGUCCGUCACGUCCUCAGUUCCUGAAUCAAACGUUUCGGAGAUGUCAGAUAUUUUACUUUCACUGAAAGUUGUUGCUUUUUGACUGAACUUUGAGCCUCAGCUGCAUCCAUCUGUUUUAACUUAUUUUGAGAAAAAUGUUAAAAAAUGUAAUAAAUGAAGAUGUUCUUUAAAAGGAAAA